UCGGCAACUGCGUUCAAGUUGGAAGCCUGGAGGAGAGGCAGUCUUUCGGUGCACGGGGAAGGCUACGCUGUUCUUUCGCAGUACCCACGCCUGCGAAUUUGAAUCUCGAGGAAAGAAGCGAAAAUCAGAACGGGACUGACAAGAAGGCUGGGAACCAGGGUGCCGACUUUGAAAUUUGAGACGGAGGGCACGGGAGGGCAAGCGCUCCUCUCUGAUUGGUUCGUGGGCGUCGUCAAGGGCCCACAUAGCUUCUUCCAUUGGUUUGUGUCUGUAAUUGUUGUGGCAGCAGCGGCGAUUUUGCCCACGUACUUCCGAGCAAGAGGCGGGGCUGUGCCCUGGUGCGCGUGCGCAGCACCGGGGGCCCCACCCGGUAGUUCAAGAACCUGUGAGGGGGCGGGGCGAAGAGGUGCUUGUUUUGGUUCUGUUUCCUUUGAAGCAGAAGCCCGGAACGAGGUAGCGAUAAACUCGCUGGACUUGGAGAGGCGGUACAACGAACUCAUCGCGGUGCCUUCAUCUUGGACUUUACAUCCGGGAUCUCUUCCGGGCGUGACCUGCAUACCGCCUACGGUUCUCGAACCGGUGUCUCGAUCUCUUUAUCCGGGCCUUGCUGUUCCCGUCGUGCUUCGCGCACUACAGUAGCCCCCUCAUCCGGGUUCUCUCCCAGCGUGCCCCGCGCCGGGUUUGCUGGGGGGUACUUGGCGGUGCCGCCAUGACUAUUCUCCCCAAAAAGAAGCCGCCGCCUCCCGACGCCGACCCCGCCAACGAGCCGCCGCCGCCCGGGCCGCUGCCCCCAGCGCCGCGGCGCGGCGGGGGUGUGGGCGUGGGCGGUGGCGGCACGGGCGUGGGUGGUGGCGACCGCGACCGUGACUCGGGCGUCGUAGGGGCCCGUUCCCGGGCUUCACCACCACCGCAGGGCCCGCUACCGGGCCCUCCAGGCGCCCUUCACCGUUGGGCACUAGCCGUGCCGCCUGGCGCAGUGGCAGGCCCUCGUCCACAACAAGCCUCUCCACCUCCUUGCGGGGGCCCUGGUGGUCCCGGCGGCGGCCCGGGUGACACGCUCGGUGGAACAGCCGCGGGUGUGGGCGCGGCGGGAGUGGUGGUGGGCGUGGGCGGCGCCGUAGGCGUGGGCGGCUGCUGCUCAGGACCUGGGCACAGCAAGCGGCGGCGUCAGGCUCCCGGGGUUGGCGCAGUUGGUGGGGGUAGCCCGGAGCGUGAGGAGGUCGGCGCUGGCUACAACAGUGAGGACGAAUAUGAAGCGGCUGCAGCACGCAUUGAGGCCAUGGACCCUGCCACCGUCGAGCAGGUACUUGCCCAGUCUGGGCCUCUGGCUGCCCGAGUGAGGCCCUGCAAGAUCAGCAGGAAUGAGAAAGCAGAUGGGCAGGAGCACUGGUUUGAAAAGGCCCUACGGGACAAGAAAGGCUUCAUCAUCAAGCAGAUGAAGGAGGACGGCGCCUGUCUAUUCCGGGCUGUAGCUGACCAGGUAUAUGGAGACCAGGACAUGCAUGAGGUUGUGCGAAAGCACUGCAUGGACUAUCUGAUGAAGAAUGCUGACUACUUCUCCAACUAUGUCACAGAAGACUUCACAACCUAUAUCAACCGGAAGCGGAAAAACAACUGCCAUGGAAACCACAUUGAGAUGCAGGCCAUGGCAGAAAUGUACAACCGUCCUGUGGAGGUCUACCAGUACAGCACAGAACCUAUCAACACAUUCCAUGGAAUCCAUCAGAAUGAAGAUGAACCCAUCCGUGUCAGCUACCAUCGGAAUAUUCACUAUAAUUCAGUGGUGAAUCCUAAUAAGGCCACCAUUGGUGUAGGGCUGGGCCUACCAUCUUUCAAACCAGGAUUUGCAGAGCAGUCUCUCAUGAAGAAUGCCAUAAAAACAUCGGAGGAGUCAUGGAUUGAACAGCAAAUGUUGGAGGACAAGAAACGAGCCACAGACUGGGAGGCCACGAAUGAGGCCAUAGAAGAACAGGUGGCUCGAGAAUCCUACCUGCAGUGGCUGAGGGAUCAGGAGAAACAGGCCCGCCAGGUCCGAGGCCCUAGCCAGCCCCGGAAAGCCAGCGCCACAUGCAGUUCUGCCACGGCAGCAGCCUCCAGUGGUCUAGAGGAGUGGACUAGCCGGUCUCCAAGGCAGCGGAGUUCAGCCUCAUCACCUGAGCACCCUGAGCUGCAUGCCGAGCUGGGCAUCAAGCCCCCUUCCCCAGGCACAGUCUUAGCUCUUGCCAAACCUCCUUCACCCUGUGCACCAGGUACAAGCAGUCAGUUCUCGGCAGGGGCUGACCGGGCCACUUCCCCUCUCGUGUCCCUCUACCCUGCUCUGGAGUGCCGAGCCCUUAUUCAGCAGAUGUCCCCCUCUGCCUUUGCAGGUCUGAAUGACUGGGAUGAUGAUGAGAUCCUAGCAUCGGUGCUGGCAGUGUCCCAACAGGAAUACCUAGACAGUAUGAAGAAAAACAAAGUGCACAGAGACCCACCCCCAGACAAGAGUUGAUGGAGACCCAGGGACUGGAUACCAUCUCCCAACCCUGUACUCCUGCCCUCUGGUGCCACCCCACGUUCUUUGGCUUUCUUCUUCCCUCUUACCUCCUUCCCUUCUUCCCUCUCUUGCCUCCUUUCUACUUCUGUCUGGCUGGCCCACCCUGCGCUCCCUCUCAUUCCUGCCACCACUAUUCAUCUCCGCCAGCUGAUGUGCCCUGUUGCCCCCUGCACAGCACCAUCCCUGCAUUCCACAGGGGACUCUGGCAAGGGUGCCAAAGGUAGGCGAGAGGCACACAGAGAAAGACCACCUGGCAGCCAGGCAGCCCCAGAGGAGAGAGACAAAGGAAAGUCUCCUGCUCACCCUUCUUCUGAGAUCAGAUAAGCUUGUCACCCCUCUCCCCACAGUGAUGCCAGGGAGGUGGGAGGAAGAAGUGGGAAAUUUCCCUUCCCAGUACCCUAAGAAUGUCUGAGCCUUCAAUGUUGAAUUUUUCUUUAUUAAAAUGUACUUUUAUCUUAUAAAAUCAACCAAUCAAAAAGAUGUAAACGACAGCAUUGGCUCUGUGAAGGCGGCAUCUUUCUGGUUUGGGGGCAGGCAGGCUGGCCAUGUGGCAUGGAGGGUACGCAAGGACGUGGGUUGCUGCUGUUUUCUGGCCUCCAGCUCCUUGGAGGUGGACAGAGGGCCUAGGGUGUAAACCAGGGUGGCAGGACAGGAGUGGCAAACGUCACACUGGUUUUUGGACAAUGAGACCCUGACCUUGCUGCAUUCCUUUUGCUUCCACCACCACCACUAGUCUCUGGAAUCUUGAGGUGGGGGGGCAUCUUUGGAGAUCAUAGCCGCCACCCAGGAUUUGAGUGUAGGGCGUGGGAGCAGCCUUGGCAGAUGGGGCACCCGUGCCCUGCAGGUGUUGACAAGAUCUACCAUCUGUAAUGUCCUUGGCACAAUAAAACCAAAUGUCAGUUUC